AUGUCUUCAGUGGUAGCCCCAGAGAAACCCACCUCCAACGCCAUGGGCCCGAAGGAGGUGGAGCUAAUCCUGGUGAAGGAGCAGAAUGGGGUUCAGUUCACAUCUUCCACCCUUGUGGCCCAGCCCCCAGGCCAGACCAACCUCAGCGGUGGGGCGGAGAGAGAGACCUGGGGAAAGAAAAUUGACUUCCUCUUGUCCGUGAUCGGCUUUGCCGUGGACUUGGCCAAUGUGUGGAGGUUCCCCUACCUCUGCUACAAGAAUGGAGGAGGUGCUUUCCUGGUGCCCUACCUGUUCUUCAUGGUGAUAGCAGGCAUGCCUCUCUUCUACAUGGAGCUGGCCCUGGGACAAUACAACAGAGAGGGGGCAGCAGGGGUCUGGAAGAUAUGUCCUAUAUUCAAAGGUGUGGGCUUCACAGUCAUCCUCAUCUCCCUCUACGUUGGUUUCUACUACAAUGUCAUCAUCUCCUGGGCGCUAUUCUACCUCUUCUCAUCCUUCACCAGCGAGCUGCCCUGGGUACACUGCAACAAUACCUGGAACAGCCCCAACUGCUCUGCUGACAACAGUACAGUAACUGAUAUAUAUAAAGCCACCCCUGCUCAGGAGUACUUUGAACGGGGGGUGCUUCACAUCCAGGACAGCGGAGGUAUUGAUGACCUGGGUCGUCCACGUUGGCAGCUGACCUCUUGUCUGGCCGUGGUGAUUGUUUUGCUCUACUUCAGUCUCUGGAAGGGAGUCAAGACCUCGGGAAAGGUUGUAUGGAUCACAGCCACCAUGCCCUAUGUGGUUCUGACAGUGCUGUUAAUCCAAGGAGUCACUCUGCCUGGAGCCGUUGACGGCAUUAAGGCCUACCUCUCUGUCGACUUUCUGAGACUGUGUGAUGCCAAGGUCUGGAUCGAGGCGGCCACACAGAUCUGCUUCUCUCUGGGAGUAGGGUUUGGUGUGCUAAUUGCCUUCUCCAGUUACAACAAAUUCAGCAACAACUGCUACAGAGAUGCCAUCAUCACCAGCUCCAUCAACUCUCUGACCAGUUUCUUCUCGGGCUUUGUGGUCUUCUCUUUCCUUGGGUACAUGUCCCACAAACACAACGUGGCUCUGGACAAGGUUGUCAGAGAUGGUUCCGGGCUGGUGUUUGUUAUUUAUCCUGAAGCCAUUGCAACCUUACCUGGGUCAUCAGUGUGGGCAGUCAUCUUCUUCAUCAUGUUGCUGACACUGGGCAUUGACAGUGCUAUGGGCGGGAUGGAGUCUGUGAUCACCGGGCUGAUUGAUGAAUUCAAGUUUCUCCACAAACACAGAGAACUGUUCACCCUCUUCAUUGUCAGUUCCACCUUCCUCAUAUCCCUCUUCUGUGUCACUAGUGGUGGGAUGUAUGUAUUCACUCUGCUUGACCACUUUGCAGCGGGGACAUCCAUCCUCUUUGGAGUGCUUAUUGAAGCCAUUGGCAUUGCAUGGUUCUAUGGAGUAGACCGUUUCAGUGAUGAUAUCCAGGAGAUGAUUGGCCAUAGACCAGGGAUAUACUGGAGGCUGUGCUGGAAGUUUGUCAGCCCCUGCUUCCUCCUGUUCAUGGUGGUUGUGAGCAUUGCCACAUACAACCCUCCCAGUUAUGGUCCAUAUAUGUUUCCAAUGUGGGCCAACAUGGUAGGGUGGUGCCUGGCCAUUUCCUCGAUGACAAUGGUGCCUCUCUAUGCCAUCUACAAACUCUGCACCCUACCUGGGAAGUUCUGUGAUAGACUAGCUUAUGCCAUCACCCCUGAGACAGAGCAUCACCUGGUGGACAAUGGAGAAGUUCGGCAGUUCACGCUGCAUCACUGGUUGGUGGUCUGA